GGAGUUCCAUAUCAUUAGGCAGGAUAAUGGGCAUUCGAGUGGGAUAAAUUGGGGAGCGGACUACAUAAUUACUUCUCCAACGGGGAAAAAAAAAAAAGUCGAAAAAAUUAUAGUGAGUUAUAAAGGACUAUUUAAUCCAACGGAAAACCCUUUCAGGGUUUCUCAUCGUCAUCAGUCUUCUUUUCCCCGCACGGAAGAUUUCCAGUCUUCUGAACUUGCAGCACAAGUGAUUCGUUCACGGCGUUCGAUUCUACAGCACUUCUUCUUCUACCCAUUUAAAAUCAGAACCAAUUAGGGCGAAGGAGGAAGAUGCAUCAAGGGUAUCCGCCCGAUUUGGGUCAGCUCCAAGCCGUCAUGAAUGCCAUUGAAAUGGCUUGCAGUUCCAUUCAGAUUCAUGUCAAUCCGGCAGCAGCUGAGGCAACUAUUCUAUCACUAUGUCAGUCUCCUCGGCCGUACCAGGCAUGCCAAUUCAUUCUUGAGAAUUCUCAGGUGGCAAAUGCAAGAUUUCAGGCAGCUGCAGCCAUUCGAGAUGCAGCUAUCAGAGAAUGGGUGUUUCUUACAGAUGAUGAGAAGAAAAGCUUGAUUAGUUUUUGUUUGUGCUUUGUUAUGCAACAUGCUAAUUCACCCGAGGGAUAUGUACAAGUAAAGGUGUCUUCAGUGGCUGCUCAAUUGAUGAAAAGGGGCUGGCUAGACUUUGCGGCUGUUGAGAAGGAGGGUUUCUUGUCUCAGGUAAAACAGGCUGUCAUUGGAAGCCACGGCCUGGAUGUACAGUACCGUGGGAUUAAUGUCCUGGAAUCUUUGGUAUCUGAAUUUUCACCAUCUACAUCAACUGCCAUGAGUCUUCCCAGGGAGUUUCACGAGCAGUGCCGGGCUUCCCUUGAGAAGGACUAUUUGAAGACUUUCUACUGUUGGGCGCAAGAUGCUGCUCUUAGUGUCACCAACAAAAUAAUGGAAUCUGAUUCUGCUGUACCUGAGGUCAACGUAUGUGCAGCAGCGAUGCGACUUAUGCUUCAGAUUCUGAAUUGGGACUUCCGGUACGGCACAAAUGCAGUUACGGGUGGAAAAGGUGCCAUAGAUGUAUAUUCAGCCGAAGUUAGAUAUGAAGGUGCAAAGAGGUCUGAUUGCGUCCUAGUGCAGCCUGGCCCUUCUUGGCGUGAUGUUUUGAUAACAAGUUGUCACAUUGGGUGGCUUUUGAGUUUGUACGGUGCGCUUAGAAAGAAGUUCUUGUGUGAAGGUUAUUGGCUUGAUUGUCCUAUUGCAGUCUCUGCGCGGAAACUUAUUGUACAGUUCUGCUCCUUGACGGGGACUAUAUUUCCAUCUGAUAAUGGACAAAUGCAAGACAAGCACCUGUUGCAACUGCUCUCUGGAAUUAUACAAUGGGUCAGUCCACCUGAUGCCAUUGCAAACGCUAUUGAAUGUGGAAAAAGCGAAAGUGAGAUGCUUGAUGGUUGCCGUGCACUCUUAGCCAUAGCAACUGUAACAACGCCUCUUGCGUUUGACCAAUUGUUGAAUUCCAUAAGCCCAUUUGGUACUCUUAGCCUGAUGUCUGCCUUGACGUGUGAAGUUGUUAAAGUCUUUAUGGCUAAUUUUACCGUAGAGGAGACAUGGAGUUGGGUGGCACGGGAUAUCUUAUUAGAUACUUGGACUGCAGUUCUCACGCCAGCGGAUAACACCGGUCCGAAGCUUCCACCAGAAGGGGUCAAUGCUGCAGCCAAUCUUUUCGCCUUGAUUGUAGAGUCUGAAUUAAAGGUGGCUUCAGCAUCGGCCUUCAUUGAUGAGAGUGAAUCGGAAUACCUACAGGCUUCUGUAACUGGCAUGGAUGAAAGGUUAAGUUCUUAUGGUCUUAUUGCCCGAGCAGCAAUUGAUGCCACCAUUCCUUUAAUCACGAGAUUAUUCUCUGAGCGUUUUGCGAGGCUUCAUGAGGGAAGAGGCACAAAAGAUCCCACAGAAACUCUGGAAGAGCUUUACUCACUGUUACUGCUAACUGGCCACAUUCUUGCAGAUGAAGGGGAGGGAGAAAUGCCUUUGGUUCCAAACGCCAUCCAGACUCAUUUUGUGGACUCCAUGGAAAUAGACAAAUUUCCUGUCAUUGUACUUUCUAGCUCAAUUAUAAGAUUCGCUGAGGAGAGUUUAGAUCCAGAGAUGAGAGCAUCAGUUUUUAGUCCUCGACUUAUGGAGGCAGUUAUAUGGUUCAUUGCGAGAUGGUCUCGUACUUAUCUAAUGCCCCCUGAAGAAACGACCAGUUGUGGUGAUCAUACGCCCUAUCUUCAGCCUCAAAACUCCAGCAAAGCUUGGCUUACCUUUUUUGGAGAACAUAAUCAGGGUAAACUCGUGCUUGACAUCAUUGUUCAAAUCUCCAAGGCAACGCUUGUAUCGUACCCUGGGGAGAAGGAUUUGCAGGCACUUACUUGUUACCAGCUACUUCAUGGACUGGUUCGAAGAAAGAGCAUUUCCGUACACCUGGUUGGAUUGGGCUCGUGGCAUGACUUAGCAAAUGCUUUUGCAAAUGAAAGAACUUUGUUUUCAUUAAAUGCUGCUCACCAGCGUUCUGUGGCUCAAACCCUCACUCUUUCAGCUUCCGGCAUGAGAAACCCAGAGGCGUCAAAUCAGUAUGUACGAGACCUCAUGAGAUAUAUGACGUCUUAUCUUGUGGAAAUGUCUGGGAAAAAUGAUAUAAAAAAUGUUGCCCAGCAGCCAGAUGUUAUGCUGUCGGUAAGCUGCUUAUUGGAGCGGCUACGUGGUGCUGCCAGUGCCUCAGAACCUCGAACACAGAAGGCAAUCUAUGAGAUGGGAUCCUCUGUAAUGAACCCUAUUCUGAUUUUGCUGGAAGUUUACAAACAUGAGUCUGCAGUUGUCUAUCUUCUACUUAAAUUUGUCGUUGACUGGGUGGAGGGACAAAUUAUCUACCUGGAGGCUCAAGAAACUGCUGUUGUUAUUAACUUUUGUAUGCGUUUGCUUCAGCUUUACUCUUCUCACAACAUUGGCAAGAUAUCGCUUAGCCUCUCAAGCAGCCUACUGAGUGAGGCAGAAGCAGAGAAAUAUAAAGAUUUACGUGCUCUUCUGCAACUCCUUUCUAAUCUCUGCUCAAAGGAUCUUGUUGACUUCUCAUCAGAUUCUAGUGAGACACAGGGAACAAACAUUUCUCAGGUGGUUUUUCUAGGUCUUCACAUAGUUACGCCUCUUAUUUCUUUGGACCUGCUAAAAUACCCAAAGCUUUGUUAUGAUUAUUUUUCGCUUCUAUCGCAUAUGCUGGAGGUUUAUCCUGAAAUGGUUCCACAAUUAAAUGCUGAAGCCUUUGGUCAUGUAUUGGGAACUCUUGAUUUUGGUCUUCAUCACCAGGACACAGAAGUAGUUGACAUGUGUCUGAGAGCUCUGAAAGCACUAGCUUCCUAUCACUAUAAGGAGACAGGUGCUGGUAAAGUUGGUUUAGGCUCGCAAGCCACAAUUUACAAAGACGCUGAUGGGAAAUUGCAAGAUGGCAUUUUAAGCCGAUUUCUCCGGCUGUUGCUGCAAUUACUCCUCUUCGAGGAUGUCAGUACUGAUCUCAUUAGCGCUUCAGCAGAUGCUCUCCUUCCUCUGAUCCUCUGUGAACAUGGUCUUUACCAGAGGUUGGGUAAUGAGUUAAUAGAAAAACAGCCAAAUCCAACAUUCAGAUCAAGGUUGGUGAAUGCAUUGCAGUCUCUCACUAGUUCGAACAACCUGUCUUCUACACUUGACCGAACAAAUUACCAGAAAUUCAGAAAGAAUCUGUUCAAUUUCCUUACUGAAGUUCGUGGAUUUUUGCGGACAAUGUGAUUUGAGAAGACACUCUACAUGGAUUUGCCGAGGGAGAUUGUCUUUUUUGUUUUCUUGUUCAUGUCUUCCUGUACAUUUUUUAUAGGAUAAUCUUUUUGUUAUCACAGGAAUGCCGCGGUUUUUUCAGGCAUUCCCUGUGAUUAGUCGGAAAAAAAGCAAAUUUCAAGGUUCUUGAACCCAUGGAAAGUCUGAGAACAGAUUUUCAAAUAGCGUUCUUGUCGCCGUAAGAAGUGUAAUGGUGGUGCUGACUCGGUUGUGAUGUGGUCCUAAUUUUGCCCUUUUUCGUAUGAUGUUGGGAACUUACUGAGGCGAAUGUUUUCAACAGUAGAGGCAUAAGUUCCCAACAGUAGAGGCGGAGUCGGACUAAAUUCACCUAUUUUAAAUUGGUUUUGGUGGGUUACCUUUUAUGUAUUGGAUCGUAUUUUUAUGUAGUACUAUCAUUUGGUCUUUCACAAUUCCAUAACAUACCAUUGUAAUAAAAGACAUUGUCGUGGCUUGCUUCAAUAACUAGCGAAAGGUGCGACUUGUUCUGUGCUCA